CUUUGGCUCCGGUCCUCCAGCCCUGCUGCUGCUGCUGCUGCUGCUCCAGCUCUCUAGCUGCUCUCACACCGCUGGAAACUCAGAGCUUUUCUCCUCUUCAGCCUGCGAUUCUCCAGCGGAGCUUAUUGAAUCGUGGGGAGAGACGGCUGCUGCUGGCAUAACGACCUUUCCCAAUGGAUCAAAUCACAGCUUAUUUUCCAUGAAAGGUCUGCAUAAUUCCUGCAGACAUCUUUGACUUCCCUCUCUCAGACUUGUUUGGGAGAAACUUGGUGUCCCAGGUGAACCACUGCAUCACCGGUCAAUCAUUUUGCCAUCGUGAACAUCCAUACACACCUUCCUGAGAUGGCAUCCUAGCUGGGUCCUCCAGGGCCUGCGGUGACCCCCCGUCUCCAGCCCACUGUCCAAUUGGGGGAACCAUCCGACAACAGCUUACAAGAACUAAUAGCAGCGUGCAAAAUGUAUUAAUGAAUGCUCCUGAGUUGUGACUGCUGAUGCCAGGACGUUGGGACUUGACCGAGUGUGGACAGAUCGUGGAUGCUGGAUGUCCUGAAGGUGUUGAGUCUGGCGUUGUGGUGAUGAGGCAGGGAUCCUGGUGCCCUGGGAGCCGGGUUGGCCAGUGGCCGGAGGGGAUGUGAUGGGGUGCCGAAACAGCAAGGUCCUCCCUGAGCCUCCAGGGGACGUUCAGUUGGACCUGGUCAAAAAGGUUGAUCCUCCACAACCUCCCCACACCGAUAUCUAUAAGCACUUCAUACGAGGGGAUGGCACUGGGAGCAAAAUGGGUGUGGCUGGUGGAGUGGGGGGUGACAAGCCAGACUUUGCAGCCGCAAAUCCAGCCCAGAUGCAGGCCGCCACUCCCACCGCCCAGCCCUCCAAGGACCCGUCCGAGCUGUCGGACCCCCAGCGCAAGAAGGUGGCCAAGUAUCGAGCCAAGUUUGACCCCAGAGUCACGGCAAAGUACGAGAUAAAAGCCCUGAUCGGCCGCGGGAGCUUCAGCCGCGUCGUUCGCGUGGAGCACAAGAGCACGCGGCAGCCUUACGCCAUCAAAAUGAUCGAGACCCGUUACAGAGAGGGGAGGGAAGUGUGCGAGUCGGAACUGUGCGUGCUCCGUCGGGUCCGGCACACCAACGUCAUCCAGCUGAUGGAGGUGUUUGAGACGGCGGAGCGCGUCUACAUGGUGAUGGAGCUGGCCACGGGAGGGGAGCUCUUCGACCGGAUCAUCGCCCGGGGAUCCUUCACGGAGCGGGAUGCCACGCGGGUCCUGCAGAUGGUGCUGGACGGGGUCAAGUACCUGCACGCUCUGGGGAUCACUCACCGGGACCUCAAGCCGGAGAACCUGCUGUACUACCACCCUGGAGCCGACUCCAAGAUCAUCAUCACGGACUUUGGUUUGGCCAGCAGCAGGAAGAAGGGGGACGAGUGUCUGAUGAAGACGACAUGCGGCACGCCGGAGUACAUCGCCCCUGAGAUCUUGGUGAGGAAACCCUACACGAAUGCAGUGGACAUGUGGGCCCUUGGGGUGAUAUCGUACAUCCUGCUGAGUGGUACCAUGCCGUUUGAGGACGACAACCGCAUGAGGCUCUACCGGCAGAUCCUGAAGGGGAAGUACAGCUUCUCUGGAGAGCCGUGGCCCAGCGUGUCCAACCUGGCCAAAGACUUCGUGGAGCGCAUCCUGACGGUGGACCCCAGCGAGCGGCUGACGGCCGGCCAGGCCCUCAAGCACCCGUGGGUGGUCAGCAUGGCGGCCUCCUCCUCCAUGAAGAACCUGCAGCGCUGCAUCUCCCAGAACCUGCUGAAGCGCGCGUCCUCCCGCUGCCACAGCACCAAGUCGGCCCAGUCCACGCGCUCCAGCCGCUCCACCAAGUCCAACAAAGCCCGCAGGGUGCGGGAGAAGGAGCUGCGCGAGCUCAACCGCCGCUACCAGCAACAGUACAACGGCUGAAAGGGAGUCUGGGGAGUCCGGGGAGUCUGGGUACUUCGCGGCCAUCGGUUUUUUGUUUUGAAAGAACAAAAUAAAAAUUGAGACAUAAUCCAAAAUAAUUUGUUUCCCGUUUUUUUUUUUGAUAAUUAAAAACGAAAAAUGGAUCGUUAUCCAUUAUCCGUUAUCCGAUUUCAUUGAUGUGUUUGAAAAUCCAAAUUGGGAAUUAAAACAGCGAGUGGAAAACUCUUCUCUAUUUCCUAUUCGUUUUCAACGGGGGGGGCAGUGUGUUAGAGUUCAAUUUAUGUUAUUGAUUGGACGCUGCUUUUUUUUUAGGCUGCAGCUGAACGGACUGUCACAACAUCACUGCAGUUUCAUGACGGAGUGAAGACAGAUUACAGAUUAAACUCAUGUUUCACUCCCAGGUUUCAUAUUUGAUUUUUUUUCGGUUUCAAAAUUAAAAAAAAUCUAAAACUGUUAAUUUUCAAUCUGAUCAACAAAAGAACCAGAAACCACUUUCCUCAUUUAUUACUGCGCAUGUGCAAUCCCCCCAUUUGUCCAAUCCUUGUUUUCAGUGUCCUUGAAAACGAAUAGGAAAUAGAGAAAAGAGUUUUCCACUCGCUGUUUUAAUUCCCAAUUUCGAUUUUCAAACACAUCAACAAAAUCGGAUAAUGGAUAACGAUCCGUUUUCCGUUUUUUUUUUCAUUAUCAAAACAAAAAAGAGGAAACUUUUCUCUGUUUUAUAUUUUGUCAUUUCAAAACAAAAAACGGAUGGCCGUGAAGUACACGCACCCCGGGGCCGACAUCUGCUGCAGAUGUUCCGGGCGGUGGGGGACUCAAGGUUUCAAGUCAUUGCCGCAAUUCUUGCUUCUUGGCCUAGAAGUGCCCAGAAGUUAGUCGUCUAAAAACAACGACUUGGGUGAAUUUAAGGCUGUACAGGUAGAAAGUUGAAGACUAAGACUAGAACCAAUGAAAAGAGCCCUGAUGGGAACACGGGACACGCCGUCUGAAGGUCGUGCUGCAGCAGCUACACGUUCUCUCCGCUGAGUCCUUCAAACUCUAGUCAGUGGGAUGUUUCCUUCUAAUCUUUCCCCUGUUCUUUUAAACUGUGUUGCUACAUAUUUAUUUAUUAUUGAAGUGAUUAUAAGUCUCCAUUCAGACGGUCACUGGAUAAUGACCUUCCACAAAUAUCUGUUGAACAGAGUUCUGGAUGCUGAUGUUUCCUAGAGGAAGAAGAGGGGAGAUUCCUUCCCUUCACUCAUUUCUGAUUCCAAAGUGCUGUGAAUUUUUUAUUUUUAUUUGGUUCUUCUGUUGAGCAGACUUUGUCUUUAGAUGUUGGUAAUCGCAUCUCACUGCAACAUAAUCCCAUUUUUGACAGCUCUAAGCUCAUCUAAUCUAUUCUUGCCAUGACUGAUGCUCUUCAAGUGUUAAACUGGAGGAAGAUUGUGAAGCUGUUUUAAAGUGUUAACGCUUCAAUGUAGACUUAAAGAGGCUCCACUUCCAGGUUCUUCUCAUCCUGGCAGCCUGAGCGCAGCGUUACCCAGCAAUGACAAGCUGUUGCUCACGAUUAUUGGCCCUUAAGCUAUUUUAGUUGUUUUUUUUCUAUUGAGAGAGCCACGUGUUCGUAGACCACUAGAGCGGCAAGGACCGUACAGACCAUCACUAUUUUGGGUUGCACCAGUUUCAUAUUAAAAUUUAGCAGCUGUAAAGUAAGUCUAUUCAUCGCCACAUUAAAUCAUUUUGGAGCCGUCCAAAGAAUUUGAACUGUUGAAGAAAGAGGAAACCCACUUCAAAACUGAAGUUAAUGUGAAAACCCUAAAAGCUUCAGUCGGCCUCUGACUGGAGGGGAAUUAGUCAUAGUUUUGGAUUGCACCCGCUACCAGAGGUACAAACCAACUAAAUAACCUGCUUGGACAAAGAAAGAACCAAAGGUUCUUCAACUUACUGCUUCAUUAGCUUCAAAAAGUAAAUGAAACACAAACAAAGACAUCCCAGAUCUGAAUGAAUGAAAUAUUCUUAUUAAAUACUUUGUUCUUGACAUAGUUGAUUAUGUUGACAACUAAAAAUAAAUAACAAAAAUGUAUCAACGGAAAUCAAAUUUUGCGACCCAUGGAGGUCUGAAUUUGGGGUUACACUCCGCAUUAAAGUGGAAAAACACUACAGGCUGAUCCAACUUUGAUGUAAUGGCCUUACAAACCCGUCUAAAUGAGGCUCAGUAGUGGGCGUGGCCUCCACGUGCCUGUUUGACCCCCCUACCACGCCUGGGCCUGCUCCUGAUGAAGGUCUGGACUAAAGCAGCCGCCAACUCCUGCAGUCUGCUGUUACGUGGCCUAACGUGAAGUAGGGCUGGGCGAUAUGGACCAAAAGUCAUAUCUCGAUAUUUUCUAGCUGAAUAUCGAUAUAUAUCGAUAUUUUUUCUGUGCCAUAAUUGGGGUUUCCCCCAAAGCAUUAUAGCAUAGCAUCUCUGUUAGCUUCAUUUUUUCUGAGGCAAACCCUUAAAAAAACAGUCAGUUUUAAUACAAAGCCUCGUACCAAAUGUCACACAGGUUCCUUUAUUAACAGAGGUCUGCACAAUAUCAAAAUGUAUAAAACAAAUGAAAUAAAAAUAAACUGCCUGCAUAUAAAGAAUAAAAAUGCUUCUUGAAUAAAAUAAAACAAAUAUCCCUUUCCUGCAUAACAAUUAAAUUAAAAUACACUGUGCAAUUAAUACAAUGUAGACAGUAACAGGCAGACUUUUCAACUGAGGUUGACAGUUGUGCAAAUAACAAAACAUUUGUGCAAAUCUCAAGUAAAACAUUCAAGUCAAUUUGUCACAAAAUAAGCUAUAUCAAAAUCAUAAUUUUUUUUUUUUUAAAUCAAUAUAAACGAUAUUGUCUCGUACCAUAUCGCGUUUGAAAAUAUAUCGAUAUAUAUAUUAAAAUCUCGAUAUAUCGCCCAGCCCUAACGUGAAGUAACGUUGCGUAGCGUGGGCUAGCGGGGCGUAACCUGAAGUAACGUGGGCCUAACGUGGCGUGAGACGUGAUGUCCCAGAUGUGCUCAGCUGGAUUCAGGUCUGGGGAACGGGGGAGGGGGUAGUCCGUAGCGCCAAUGCCAGUGCUGCAGGAACCUCUAUGUGGGGGUCGUAGACUUCCAUUGAGACCUAAAAUAACACAAUUACAGAAUUUCAAACACAUCCAAAUAAUCGCGCAACGUACUGAAACCAUAAGAUUAUAAAUUACAGUUCUAUCCUGUCAAUGAGAUAUGAAGGAAUCAUUAGUAAUCAAUAAAAGGUAUGUCAUCAAAAGUGAAGACUAAGUAAAAGGAUGAGACGGGAUGUGAUGCUGAGCCUGGUGACUCCUACCUAUGAGAGGGUUUUCUCAUCUGAAACCAGCAUUUCUGAGUGACCAUUAUUUCCUACUUUCAAAACAUAUUUGGCAGAGCAUUUCUCACAUUAAAAAAGUCCCAUUUGGAGAGAGUAAGAGAGAGAAAAAGGUUGUUUAUAAAGAUGAGGCAACAUUAUUAUGACUAUUAUUGACAACCAGCGAUCCAGGCAACUCUGGGCUCUAGAUCCACGCUAGUUAAGGAGCUGGCGUUGGUUCCAGACACGGGGAAUUCCCGCUCUGGGAGCCCCACGAGGAUUGUCUUGUAUACGACUAUCAAGGUACCACCAUAUUAGCAAACUUGAUAGAAAAAUAAGUAUCUCAAGUUGCUUUAGUUUGGCUUUCAGCUCAGAAAAGACACGUUUCUCAUGAAUUAGUCGACGCUGGUGCAACCCUGUCCUUGUUCAGCAAACAUCAGUAGCUCUGUGGGUUCUGUUGAUAUGAAAAUAUCUCUCCUGUCUGACUCAUUGACUACGUUUACCUGCAGUCAAAAUUGGGGUUAAGGUCAAUAUUCCGGUUACUGAAACAUUGGGAAAAAUCUGUUUCCAUGCGUGAGUAAACAGGGUUAUUCCUGUAAACAUGGUGAUUAAUCAUUUGGAAUAUCUGGAUCAAACCAGCGACACACGGAGAACGUGAUGACGCAAUUCCCCUCAUUUCUGCUUCUUCUUCCUGUAUCCAAAUCCAAAACAACAACAAUAACAGCAGCACGGUGGAUAAUCAACAGCCCAGUAGAAGUGGUUUUAUUUCUUGUCCCUGUAGUUCUCCUUUUUCAGCGUCUUUCAGCGGAGCUUGAUCUGGUCUGGCGUUCGUACAAAUGCUGCUUCAUGCAACUUCUUGUAAAUCUUCUAUCCCGGUACUUUCUACCGUCUACAAAUGCAGAAAUGUUCAUAUCCUUCAUUACAUUUAUGAAGUGAUUAGUCUCCUCCUGGGCUUGCAUUUCUCCGUGUUUAUAAGAACUUCCUGGACUCAAAAGACCAAGAUUCCUGGUGAAAACAACAUGCAGAAAACAAAUUCCUGUUCCUUUUGAUGGGGAAAUCCCGUUAUGACCAAAUAUUCGGGUUAGAAAAAGAGUAACCCAGGGCUCAUAUUCAGGUUUGUAAAAACCGGAAUAUGAGACAAUUCUGGUUAUUCAAAGGAGUUAUUGGUGUUUACAUGGCCGUGCACAACCGGGUUAUUGAUAAUAUUCCGGUUAGAAAAGGGUUAUUGAUGCAUGGAAACGCAGUCAUUAACACACACGCGUGAGUAUAAAUCAAAAAAUGGGACAAAAAGGAGAAGAGAGCAGGUCUGGCAUGGAAGCCAGGAGAGAUCCGCGCCUUGCUGGAGAUUUCUGGUGCCCUUGUGUCGUUAACCUCCUAAAUGUGUGAAUGAUACAUGGAGGAGCUUGUAAAGGUGAAUCGGAUGCUGUUGGUUUAUAUUCCAUAUAUUCCAUAUUUGGCUGUAGGAGGGUUUUUUGAUCUGGAAAGUUAAUUUCCUCUUUAAAUGUAAUCUAUUCUGGAUUGAUUCUAGAGAACAACUGGAGUUGAUCACAUUGGUUAUAUCAGCUCUAAACUAACUAGUACAUGAAGUGACUUCUGAAGUUUUAAUUCUUACAUUUCCAGUCCCAAUAACCUGAUGAAAUGAGGCAAUGUGAUUACUGCUCAAUUCAAAGGCGUGCUCAUAAGAUCUCAGCACGUGCUACUGAGACAAGGUGGAAUUAUUAUUUUUGAACCCCUUUUUUUUUUUUUUUUUUUGAAGUUGCACAACUCUAAGAUUCAGACAUAUAGAUACGGAUUCUUGUUCCUUCACCUUUUUGAUGUUUUCCUCUCUGGCAAAGCACUUCUUGUACAGUAUAUGACUGAAUCUUUUUUCUUGUUUAUGGAAUCUUUUCUCCAUUUGUUUUUAUGUUCUUUUUUUUUUUCUUGUCCUUUCAGAAGACGUCCAGAGUAAAUCAAAUGGCAAAGUUUAAAAGCUUCUUUCCGUCUUUGCUCUUGAAGGAUGUUGAUGUGACGUGCCGCAGGAUUAGAAACAUUUUCAAUGUUGUGAACUAUUUAAUGUACUGGAACCCCAAUCGAGCCAUGUCAGCUGACCUCAGUUCUUCCUUUCUUUGCCGUCUCACUUGUUGCAGGAUGCUCCGUCACAUCUCUGUUUUCUUUUCUCUUUUUUUCUCCAUUUCUUUGCUGCUGCCUGUUUACUAGAUACUUCACCUCUUUUGUGUAUUUUUCCUCUGAGUAUCUUUCAAAAAGACCUCAAAUUAGAUUUUCGGUGGAACACGUGCCAGUACAAUCAAAUCUGUACUUUGUUUUCACCAUUAAAAAGUAUUAUGAAUAUAUAUAUAUAUAUAUAUAUAUAUAUAUAUAUAUAUAUAUAUAUAUAUAUAUAUAUAUAUAUAUAUAUAUAUAUAUACAGUAUAUAAAAAUAUAUUGGAUAUAAUUUCUCAGAUUGAAUUGGUUUUCUUCACUGACAGAUUCUGUGUGUAGGAUCUUUUAAAAAUAUUUUACCUUGUGCAGAUUUGGAUCAUUGAUUUGAUCAAGAGCUUUCUGUGUGAAGUGAAACUGAAAUAUUACAAAUAAGAAACGCAAGUCUUCAUGAAAUGAUUUGGAGGUGGAUUGUUUUGGUUGAGGUAGUAGAACCUACAUGUCAACUGAUGUCAAUUCAUUUGGUUUUGCAGAAUGUCACUUUUUUUAACAUUCUUUUCAUUUUUUAUGUCUGUGAUUUUAUAUAGAUGCUGUUAUUUUAAAUAAAGUAACCAUUUCA